GGACCCGGUUUAUUUUCCACAGCCGGUUUUUUUCCCAAUCGUUGAAUUUCAACUUUUUCUCCAGGCGGGCGGAGAGGGAGGGGAGGGGUGAGCGUCGAAAUCGCCAUUAACGGAGAGUUAGCUCGACGGCGAGUGGUUGGUGGUGGAGGGGCGGAGGGGAGAGGCGGAGGUGGUGAGUUGCGAAAUCUGGUUCUGCCUUCGGUAGCCCGUCUCUCCGGCGAGCUCAGGCAGAGCUGGUGAGUGGGAAGAUCUGGUGCCGCUUCCGCUAGCUUGUCUCUCUGGCGAGCUCAGGCGAAGGUGCCAAGGUGGUGUGUUUCUGUUUUCUGAAGUAAUAGAGAGCAUUUGGAAAGCAUAUGCGGAUGUUUCACCGGAGUCCCCUCGCUGUGAGCGGAAUGAUUUUGGUCAUGAUGACUACGGUGCAAGUGAAGGUGAAGAUGAACCAAAUGAACAGGGAAGACGGAUUCUUAUUUCUAAAGUUUUUGCUUGUCUUAUAUUUACACAAUGGACAUUGAAAAUCACACCAUGCGAUGCAAAAUGAAAAAAGAAAGCAAGUUCAUAUGGUGAAGAACCACUGGAACUAGAAGAGGGAUGGGCAGUUUUAUCAGAAGCACGAUGUUGUUGUCAUAACAAAACAACUGAACCUUACAGGGCAAAACAAGAUUAAUUGGAAUGACAAUGUGACUCGCCGAUGGAAUGGAUUUGGACCUUUUCUUUUGUGCACAAGCUCACACCAACAAUCAUUGACCAUAGCAGACACUGGUAUGUGAAAUCCUCACCUAGUUUUUCCUAGUUUACAGCCAAUUAUUAUGUAUUUUACAUGUCAUCCACUAUGUAAUACCAGGCAAAGAGUCAUGUAACUAAACUCUUUUCAGAUAAUUAAUAAAUUUUAUUUUUUUAUCUAGUUUUACAACCAAUUAGCAUGAAUUUUACAUGUCUAACAACUAUGUAAUUCUAGGUAGAGAGUCAUGUAAAGUUUCCUUUUUAUAUAAUUAUCCAGAAAUCAUUUUAUACUAGCUUACAGCCAAUUAGCAUUAAUUUUACAUCUCUAGAAACUACGUAAUUCUACGUAGAGAGUCAUGUAAAAUUAGUUUUUCAUAUAAUUAUCCAGAAAUUAUUUUUACUAGCUUACAACCAAUUAGCAUGAAUUUUACAUGUCUAGAAACUACAUAAUUCUAGGUAGAGAAUCAUGUAAUGUUACUCUUCAUAUAAUUAUUCAGAAAUUAUUUUACUAGCUUUUACAACUAAUUAGCAUGAACUUUACAUAUCUAGCAACUGAGUACUUCUAGGUAGAUAGUCAUGUAAAUUACUUGUUUUUUACAAACAAUUAGAGUUAAUUUUACAUGUCUAUUAACUACGUUACACUAGGCGGAGAGUAAUGUAAAGUAGAUUUUUACAUGUCUGUAAACCAUUUUAGAAUGAUUUUUACAUUACAAGUAACUUCGUAACACUAGGCAGUGAGUCAUGUAAACUUAUGCAAGAAUAUCAUGUAAAAUAUAGUUUUACAAUAAAUAAAAUUAUGAGAGAGUUUUCCAACUUAUAUGUAAAAUAUAGUUUAGAGUCAUGUAAACUUUUGGUCACGUAGGGGUUUUUACAAAUUUAUUAUCUAUGUAUGUUUCAGUAAUUUUUACAUGAAAAUAAGAUGCAAAAUAUAGUUUUACAUGUCCAUUUUACUAUAUAAAUUUCAGCAAUGUGGCAUGUAAAAGAGUUCUAAGCUUAGUUUUACAAGAAAAGAUUUCCAACUUACAUCUAUGGGAAUUUGUUUUACAUAACCAUGUUCUAUGUACAUUUCAGUAAUUUUUACAUGUAAAAGAGUUUGAACUUUACUUUUACAAGAAAAGAUUUCCAGCUUAUAUGCAUGGUUUUUUUACAUGAUCAUUUAUUAUGUAUAUUUCUGUAAUAUUACAUGUAAAAGAGUUCACCAUAGAGUAUCUGUGAGUGAUUGAGUGUUGUGAACAAUUUCUCCUUCAUGCUCGUUCCUCUGUUUAGCUCGCGAAUUCCUGUAUCUGUGAGUGAUUGAGUGUUGUGAACAAUUUGGCUGCUAACAUCUGGUAUCAGAGCCAGUCACCACCUUCCCCAAAUUUUCCCCCAAUUUUUUUUUUGCACACCACAUCUCACCAUGACUCCCAUGACACCCGAGCUCAAGGCGUACCUCGAUGAGUGGAAGGCCGAACACAAGCGUAUGUACGACGAGAUGCUCGAUACUCUUCGCCGACCGCUGACCGAAUUCGGUGCAGUGGACCACGACAACUCCACCCCCUCCAUCAACACCACCGGCGGCGGCGGCGGGCCCGUACAGGCGAGCUCCGGCACGACCGAGAUCAUCCUCGCGUCGGCGUGGCUAGCCGAACCCCCGCCUCCGGCCCCCACCACCACGACGCCACUCGUGGUCGCGGCUGCGGUUCCCAUCGACACCAGCGUCGUGACGCGCUCAUCAUGUUCGGCGGAAUGCACGGCCCAAGCGGUCAUCGCGUCGGAAGGGACGGCGCCCGCAUCCUCGUCCCUGUCCUCGACUGCCACCGUCGCGGUGCUGGCCGCGCCCACGUGCUUCAAGCCGGCGCAGAACACCACCUUCCCAACUAGUGGUGUCACCACGAUGACACUGCUACAGGAGGGCCUUCCAGAACUAGUCCACUUACCAGCAGCGUUUGUCUCGGCAACACCAGCCAACAGCGGCAAGACGACCCUUGAAGUGGCUCCAUCAACAUCUGUUGGCUUCAUCACCAUUGUGUCCACAACCUGUUCGACAUAUUGCUCGGUCCGACAGCCAAGGGCAGCUCCAUGGCUGGUUACGCCCUCACUGCCGAUUGCGACUGAGUACAGCGACCAGGAGCUCUUCAGGCCGAGUCCUAGUCGACGCAUCACAAGUAGGGUCCCGGUACAUCGGCCCAUGCCCUGGCCUUCCUUCAUGGAUGUUCAGGCUGAUGGAGACGAGAUGUGGCCCUUACCUUGGCCGUCGUUCAGGGAGAAUCAUGCAUAUGGAGAUGAGACACGGCCCCUUCCAUGGCCUUCCCUUGCUUGUGACAUAGGACCAGUGCAGCGAGAAUCAUGGCCACCAACUGAAGACAGGGCUCCAUUAUCCAUUUUGUCGAUGUUUAAUGGUAAUCGAUCGACCUCAUAUGGUUACAUCAUUGGAAUUGUUCUGUGCAGUCCUAGUGGGAUAUAUUGCUUGGAUGAUGUGCUCUCAUUUCUUGAAUACUGGGGGUGUACUAAUGAUUGUGUGCACUCGGCCCAUCCAUACCACACUACUUUUAUUUGGCUUCCGUGCAGUAUCUCUGGGUUCCAAUUUAUAGUUAUGGCCAGAAGCCUUGAACUGAAGCUAUUGUCAAAUGGUUCUACACCCAUCACUUCACUGACAGUUCUCUGGGACAGUGGCAAUUAUGCUGCCUUGAGUUGCGAGUACUUGGGAAUAGACACUAUUGUUUGCAUCGAUUCAUGGUUUUUCGCUGGUUGUUCGGUUGGUGUAUGCCAGGAAUAUUCAGUACAAUCUUCAACUGAUUACUUCAUUGCAAGAGAAUCUGCUUCUGGAGUACUUAGUACUAUGGAUUUGCACUUAUUUGAUUCCCCUUGCAGGUCAGCUGUAACAGUUUUUAGUUCUCAACUGAAGGAAUCUCUGAUUAUGAAUUCAAUGAAGAGGUCAGUUGGCUCAUAUGAUCAGUUUUCUGGUGCAAUUCAGGAUGCUUCUUAUUGUCCUGGGUACUUUGUCGCCGGGAGUCGGAUGAACCUAGUGUUUACUGCUGCUAGUACAGAUUCACGUUGGUUUGUUUCUUGUGUAUGUGAUGACCCUGCAAUUAGUUCUUCAAUUGUUGUUCUAUGUGAUGAAUUGGUACUGCAACCAUGGGACCCUGGACAUCAAACUGUUAUCUCUGACUUCACCAAGGUUUUCUAUUCCCAAGCUAUUUUUGAUAUUUACCUCAAGAAACUGAUGUCGCAGAGUCUGAAGGUCUCUGGGUCCACUGGUUAUGUGUUUCUUCUGUCUAGCAAGUGCUAUCAUAAGUCAAUGUACACAACAGUACAUGAUCUUUUGAGCAAAAUGUCUGAUGGCUGGGACUAUAUGAUUUUCAACGAUGGCACUUCCUUCAGUUUGGACUUGCAUAUUAUUAUCUCUUUGCCUGACAGUGACAGUCCUUCACAUGCUGUUCUACUGAGUUUUCGUGGGAAGCCACAUCGAAUUGUUAUUUCUGUCACUAGCACCAUAUUCUGGGAUGCCUGUUUAUCUGUCCUGAUUAUCUGCAAAAUGUGGCGACAGAAUCAAUAUGUGCAAAUGCUGAUUUGGUGGCCACCUCGCGCUCAUGUUUGGUUCGUAACAAUUAAGGACGACAUGCCAUUUUUGUUGGUUGAGAUGAGGAUACCGAGUUCGCCCACAUGCACGGGGAACUUACUGGAUGCAGAACAAUGGGUCACUACUCUUGACUAUUAUUUCAAUGCCAUCAAGGACGUUGACACUCAUGCUGCUAGUGUUGUCAAGGAUGCAAGAAUAUCACAUAGCAAUAAGGUGAGCUACAGGUUUGAUGCAAUGCGUGGGUAGAAAUGGCGUGGCUACCAGGAAGCAGAGUGGAACGCUGGUACAGCACACGGAGGUGCCAUGGCAGCCCGGCGGCUCUAUAUGGCAUUGGUGGUUCCCUACCUGCUACAACCAAGCACAUUUUCAAGGAGGGAGGUAUGACAUAGCUGUAACAGCUUUCUGUGAGCAAGUUUCCGGUGGCCAUCAGUACUACCUCGAUUUCGAUGACGUCUGUGCCAGCGCCACCUACUACCUGGGAGCAUUCUUUGAUUGGGUCCACGGUGGACACGGCUACUACUCCUACCUCGUUGAAGUCUACCCCAGCUUGGGCUACCACCGUGACUCCGACCAAAUCGAAGACAGUCGACUGCAUUGGGAUCCAGGGGGGGGGUCUCGGUGAUGUCGGCUUGGGGACAAGCCGAGUUUCAAGGAGGGAGAGAUGUUAGGGACCCCUCUCUCUACAUGGGCUGCUACUUGUUCUCAUCACAUGCCUGGCCCAACUUUCAUCUACCAGCAACGCCAUAUGCUACAUAUACCGGAAGAAAGGCAACGUUGUACUCAUCCAAGUUGGAUCAGGACGGAACGGCGGUGGAACCUUCUCUCCCACCUUGGCUCUGUUCUUCCUUCUCCUUCAUGCUCGUUCCUCUGUUUAGCUCGCGAAUUCCUGUAUCUGUGAGUGAUUGAGUGUUGUGAACAAUUUGGCUGCUAACAGAACGACUCCCUAUAUGUAAUCCCUAAAAGUCAGUAUGUGUGUACGCUGUGAUGUGUAAUCCCCAGACCAAUACAAGAAAUCUG